GGGAGCGAAUUCUGGACGGACCUGGGUGCCCGGGACCAGUGAGCUGGGACCGCGGCGCGGCGGCAGCAGCAGAAAGCGCAGCUGCUCAGCUGUAUCCCACGCCCCCUUCCCGCCCCGGUGACAGUCUCUGCGGAAAGUCGCGUUUGUGAUUUCUGGAGAGCACCCAGCGGGACGACGGCGGUCUUGCCUGGUCGUUCGGGCCAAGCGACGAGGAAACGGUUUCCCGGCGAACUGCCCACCCCACCCCGCGCCCCUAGGCAGCCCGUACCUGUAGGGCCUGAAGAUGCUGAGAUCUAUGUGGAAUUUUCUAAAACGUCAUAAAAAGAAAUGCAUCUUCCUGGGCACAGUGCUCGGAGGAGUAUAUAUCCUGGGAAAAUAUGGACAAAAGAAAAUCAGAGAAAUACAAGAAAGAGAAGCUGCAGAGUACAUUGCUCAAGCAAGACGACAGUAUCAUUUUGAAAGUAACCAGAGGACUUGCAAUAUGACAGUGUUGUCCAUGCUUCCGACACUGAGAGAGGCCUUGAUGCAACAACUCAAUUCUGAGAGCCUAACCGCUCUGCUAAAAAACAGGCCUUCAAACAAGUUGGAAAUAUGGGAGGAUCUGAAGAUAAUAAGUUUCACAAGAAGUAUUGUAGCAGUAUACAGUACUUGUAUGCUGGUGGUUCUUUUGCGAGUCCAGUUAAACAUAAUUGGUGGAUAUAUUUACCUGGAUAAUGCAGCAGUUGGCAAAAAUGGCACUACAGUUCUUGCUCCCCCAGAUGUCCAACAACAAUAUUUGUCAAGUAUUCAGCACCUCCUUGGAGAUGGCCUAACAGAAUUGAUCACAGUCAUUAAACAAGCUGUGCAGAAGAUUUUAGGAAGCGUUUCUCUUAAACAUUCUUUGUCUCUUUUGGACUUGGAACAAAAACUAAAAGAAAUCAGAAAUCUAGUUGAACAGCAUAAAUCUUCUUCUUGGAUUAAUAAAGAUGGAUCCAAAUCUUUAUUAUGCCAUUAUAUGAUGCCAGAUGAAGAAACUCCAUUAGCAGUUCAGGCCUGCGGGCUUUCUCCUAGAGAUGUUACCACUAUUAAACUACUCAAUGAAACUAGAGACAUGUUGGAAAGUCCAGAUUUUAGUACAGUUUUGAAUACAUGUUUAAACCGAGGUUUUAGCAAACUGCUAGACAAUAUGGCUGAGUUCUUUCGACCUACUGAACAGGACCUUCAACAUAGCAACUCCAUGAGUAGUCUUUCCAGUGUCAGCUUGCCACUAGCUAAGAUAAUUCCAGUAGUAAAUGGACAGAUCCAUUCAGUUUGCAGUGAGACACCUAGUCAUUUUGUUCAGGAUCUGUUGAUGAUGGAGCAAGUGAAAGACUUUGCUGCUAAUGUGUAUGAAGCUUUUAGUACUCCUCAGCAACUGGAGAAGUGAUUUCUUUUGCUUCCAGAAAAACUACAAUGGAAUUCAUUUACUUUUAAAAAUACACUGAAUAAAUCAACUACAUAUAGGGUAAUGAUUUGUUACCAAAAUGCCUAAUAAAAAUAUAUUCUUAAUCAGAGUCUUCAUUUCAUAAUAAAAUGUUUUAUUUGGCAUCUUAAUAUAUUUUUUUAAAGUCAAGUCACCAACAGACUAGUUUUUGUGGGCAUAUCUGAGUGUACACAGUGCAAAUAUUUGUUACACCAUGGAUAUUAAUUCCAAACUGAUUAAAAACUAGUGUAGAUACUUUUUUACUAUUAUAUGAAAUGUAAUAUACAUUGACAUUAAUACUGAGAAAAAAAUAUGUUUGAGAAUUAAGUGUGAAGUUUAGAAAAAAAUGUACUUCUUAACUAAUCAUAAAGUUCAGUGGACUGAAGUAUAGAUGAGGGAAUCAGACUUUUCUUCAGUUACUCUUCAAAGGUAUAAAUUAUUUAUUGUAAAUAAACCUGAUGAAGCACUUUUCUUUUUAUGGAAAUCAGUGAAUUUAACAACCGUGAUCAGUAAUUUUUUUUUUUUUUACUAUUGUUAACAAUUCCUAGAAAAUUAGAUAUUGAUUUAGAGGCUAAAAUUGUGCUGAUGCUCUUUACUCAACAGCUAUUAUUAGCUACAUAGUUUCAUUCAUUUUUAUGUAAAUAAUUUUAAUAACUUUGUAUUGAUUUUGAGACAGUAAAUAUCUUAUUGCAAUAAAAUAUUUUAGUAAAAUGUGGUUUUGUUGAGUUAAUACCUUAGAG